CUGUUUACUCUUGCUUCUCUUACAUGCGAAGAGCCACCAGCAGGUGACCACAAGUACUAUAUAUAAUAGGAAAGGCUUACCAAAGGAAUCAGCUAUUUCUUUCCUGCACAAAGGAAAAACUAAGGAGCAUCCCCACCGCGUUUCCCUUUUCUUUCAUAGACAAUAAGAUGGAGAUGGAAGGGCAAGCCACUGCAAAGGAAUCUCAGCCUCCAAAAUUCGCUCUUCCAGUGGAUUCAGAACACAAGGCAACUGAGUUCCGGCUGUUCUCGGUAGCUGCCCCUCACAUGCGGGCAUUCCAUCUGUCUUGGGUUUCUUUCUUUGCCUGUUUUGUCUCUACUUUUGCUGCUCCACCCCUUCUUCCUAUCAUACGUGACAACCUCAACCUCACUGCCUCUGACAUUGGUAAUGCGGGCAUUGCAUCCGUGUCAGGUGCGGUUUUUGCUCGAGUUGCUAUGGGGACUGCUUGUGACCUUUUUGGACCCCGUCUAGCCUCUGCCUCAUUAAUCCUCCUCACCGCACCAGCAGUUUACUUCACUUCCAUCGCCUCAUCUUCUACUUCUUUUCUCCUGGUGCGUUUCUUCACUGGCUUCUCUCUGUCCACUUUUGUCUCGACUCAAUUCUGGAUGAGCUCUAUGUUUUCAGCCCCCGUAGUCGGCACGGCUAAUGGGGUUGCAGGAGGUUGGGGUAAUCUUGGCGGCGGGGCAACGCAACUAAUCAUGCCCCUUGUGUUUGCCCUCAUCCGUGACAUUGGAGCCAUCAAAUUCACAGCUUGGAGAAUUGCUUUUUUCAUUCCUGCCCUGUUUCAGACACUAUCGGCGUUUGCAGUCUUGAUCUUUGGCAAGGACUUGCCGGACGGAAACUUUAGGCGGCUGCAGAAAGCAGGGGAUAAAACAAAAGAUAAAUUCUCCAAUGUCUUCUAUCAUGGAAUCACAAAUUACAGAGGGUGGAUCCUGGCACUCAGUUAUGGGUAUUGUUUUGGGGUAGAGCUGACAAUAGACAACAUUGUCGCAGAAUACUUCUAUGACAGAUUUGACCUUCAACUCCAUACAGCAGGAAUGAGUGCAGCAAGCGUUGGUAUGACUGGAGGUGGUGGAAAUGUGGGGGCCGUUCUAACUCAACUAAUUUUCUUCAAAGGAUCAAAAUACUCAAAAGAGACAGGGAUAAUGCUCAUGGGUAUCAUGAUUAUAUUCUGCACUCUUCCAAUUUGUUUUAUAUACUUCCCACAAUGGGGUGGAAUGUUUUGUGGUCCAUCAUCUUCAAAGAUCGCUACAGAGGAAGACUACUACUUGUCCGAAUGGAAUUCAGAGGAGAAGGAGAAAGGCCUGCAUCUAUCAAGCUUAAAGUUUGCAGAAAACAGCAGACGUGAAAGAGGUAGAAAACAAGAUUGUGAAACCAGGCCAGUAGAUGAAACCCCAUCAACACAAGUCUAG